AUGGAUAUCGACUCGAAGAUCAAGGCCUAUCGCUUCGUCGGCUAUGCAGCCGUCACAUUUUCGGCCGUCGCCGUCCUGUCCGUGUGUAUCACCCUUCCAAUGGUCUAUAACUAUGUCCAUCACGUCCGUUCGCAACUGCAUUCCGAACUGACCAUGUGUAAGGGCUCAGCGAAGGAUGUGUGGUCUAGCGUGUACUCCAUCAAGGAUUUGCCCGUAGCUGCGAACAGAACGACUAGGAGUAGCUACAGCGACCAAUGCAACGGUUGCUGUCUUCCAGGGCCGAUGGGACCAGUUGGAUCACCCGGAAAGCCGGGAAAACCAGGAAAGCCCGGAGCUCCGGGUAUGCCAGGAAAUCCCGGCCGACCACCACAGGCACCGUGCGAGCCUGUGACGCCGCCACCCUGCCCAGAGUGCCCACAAGGCCCUCAGGGACCUCCUGGACCUCCCGGACCUCCUGGAGACAAUGGAACACCUGGCGAACCUGGACCAAAGGGACAAGACGCGCCACCUGGCGAGCCUGGGCCAAAGGGACCACCAGGACCUCCUGGACCUCCCGGAAACCCUGGAGCACCUGGAGAGCCUGGAGAGCCUGCCAAGUCAGAGCCUGUUGUACCUGGACCACCCGGAACUCCCGGAAGCCCAGGACCACAAGGACCACCCGGACCUCCAGGAAGUAAUGGAAUUGACGGCGCUCCAGGAGAGCCUGGACCGAAAGGACCCGAUGGAGAACCUGGAGCACCUGGACAAGAUGGAGAACCUGGACAACCUGGUCAUCCUGGUCAGGACGGACAACCUGGAGAGAAGGGCAUCUGCCCCAAGUAUUGUGCGAUCGACGGUGGAGUCUUCUUCGAGGAUGGCACCCGCCGUUAG